GCUAACUUCUGCCAGACCAGACUCGCCGUCUCUGCUGUCGACGUCCCGUCUCUUCAACCAACCCCCCCACUCCACCCCAUCCCCCCUCUCUCUCUCUCUCUCUCGCUCUCUCUGUCUCCUCCCGCACCCCCACCGCCAACACCACCCUUCACUCACUCCCCUCGCACCAAUUCCUCGGGCGGGCGGGCGCACUAUGAAGCGCUCCGACCGAAAAGGACGCACUCGGAGCCAACCGAUCGCCGAGGAUUAAUAACAAUUAUCGUGCGCAGGGCAGCAGGGAGCGGGCGUGGGGGGGGCAGACUUGGCUCUCCCCCCGAACCCGUUUCGCACAGAACAAGAUUGCACACAUAUGAUGAGAAAACCCAGGAGGAGGAUGAGAAAUAGUUGUGGUAGACGUUCUCCAUCCCCUUAUGGACUUAAAUGUUCACCAAGCAGAGAAACGCUGACAUACGCUCAAGCGCAACGGAUGGUUGAGGUGGAUAUUGAUGGCAGACUACACAGGAUUAGCAUAUUUGAUACUUUAAAGAUCAUCACCGAGGAUGACUUGACUGCUCAAGAAAUUACAGAAUGUAAUAGUAACAAAGAAAACAGUGAACAGCCUCUUUUCCCUUCAAAGUCUAAAAAGACAGUGAUGUGCAAAGACAAAAGGAAAGAAUCUGCUUCGAAACAUGCAGCUGGAGCAUCUGUUGAAUUACCUCAACCUUCUUUUAGAAUCAUUGAAUAUAACCCUCCCGAUGCCCCACCCCUACCUUCAGCAUAUUACAGGUAUAUUGAAAAAUCAGUGGAAGAACUGGAUGGUGAAAUUGAGUAUGAUAUGGACGAGGAGGAUUAUGCGUGGCUAGAAAUGAUCAAUGAAAAGCGCAGAAGUGUUGCGCUUGGCACAGUGUCGCAAGAGACAUUUGAGUGCCUUAUGGACAAGCUGGAAAAGGAAUCUUACUUUGAAAGCAGGAAUAAAGGUGAUCCUCAAACUUUAAUCGAUGAAGAUGCAGUUUGCUGCAUUUGUAUGGACGGCGAAUGUCAGAAUAGCAACGUGAUCCUGUUUUGUGAUAUCUGUAACCUUGCUGUACAUCAGGAGUGCUAUGGAGUGCCAUAUAUUCCAGAGGGACAGUGGCUUUGCCGAUGCUGCUUGCAGUCUCCUUCCAGGCCUGUUGAUUGCGCCUUGUGUCCAAACAAUGGUGGUGCUUUUAAACAGACAGACGAUGGUCGAUGGGCUCACGUAGUUUGUGCUCUGUGGAUACCAGAGGUGUGCUUUGCUAAUACUGUGUUCUUAGAGCCCAUAGACAGCAUAGAUAACAUUCCUUCUGCGAGGUGGAAACUUGUUUGCUAUAUUUGCAAGCAGAAAGGCGCUGGAGCAUCCAUCCAGUGCCACAAAGCUAACUGUUACACAGCAUUCCACGUGACCUGUGCUCAGCGGACUGGUUUGUACAUGAAAAUGGAACCAGUGCGAGAAACUAGUGCCAAUGGGACAACUUUCAGUGUGCGAAAGACAGCGUAUUGUGAUAUUCAUUCCCCACCGGGGUCAGUAAAAAAGAUUGUUGGGUUAAGUGACAAUGACGGUGAGGAAGAAGACCAAGGCAAAGAUGAUGUUCGAGAUGGAGAUAGUCCAAGGAAAACAUCGCCUAAAAAGACCAAAGUAAAAUCUAAACAAAAGACAAAAAAAAUCAGAAACUUUCUUGAAGAACGCCGCGCAGCAGUGCCAGUGGUGACUGUACCACAGAUACCGACUCACAGGUUAAAUAAAAUCUGCAGUCGGCUGUCUAUUCAAAGGAAAACCCAGUUUAUGCAAAGGCUGCACAAUUACUGGAUAUUGAAACGGCAGUCACGCAAUGGUGUUCCCCUCCUGCGACGAUUACAUUCACAUUUACAGUCGCACAGAAACGCAGAGCAGAAGGAACAGGAUGAAAAGAACAGUGCAGUAAAAGAACAAUUGAAAUACUGGCAAAAACUGAGGCACGAUUUGGAAAGAGCUCGUCUGCUUGUGGAACUUAUUCGCAAGAGAGAGAAGCUCAAGAGAGAAGAGGUCAAAGUGCAGCAAGUUGCCUUGGAGUUGCAGCUUACCCCCUUUAUUGUCUUUUUAAGACAAAUUUUGGAUCAACUUCAGGACAAAGAUCAAGCAAAUAUAUUUGCACAACCGGUAAACCUCAAAGAGGUUCCGGAUUAUUUAGAAUUUAUUACACAUCCUAUGGACUUUUCCACCAUGAGGAAGAAACUAGAAACUCAUUGUUACAAAUCGCUGGAUGAAUUUGAAACCGAUUUUAACCUAGUUAUCAACAACUGCUUGAGAUAUAAUGCAAAAGAGACUAUAUUCUACCGGGCAGCGGUGCGGUUGAGAGAUCAAGGAGGCUCCAUACUAAGAUGCUCUCGGCGUCAAGGGGAAAACACUGGGUACGACUACGAAACUGGAAUGCAUCUACCUGAAUCGCCAAAUUCAGCGGACUUCUACCGCUUCUCCUGGGAGGAUGUGGAUAACAUCUUGAUACCAGAGAACAGAGCUCACAUGUCACUGGAAAACCAGCUGAAGGAAUUACUAGAUAAACUGGACAUUACAUGUACCAUGAAGUCGAGUGGAGCCCGAUCAAAGCGAGUCAGAUUGCUGAGGCGAGAGAUCAACAGCAUCAGGCACAAACUGGGACAACAACAGCUACACAACGGCAGCUACUCUGAAUUGUUACGGGAAGAUAAUGAGAAACCACUGGCUGAAGGCAACGAGGAUAGUGUUGAAAGAGAGGAUUCAAAGUCUUCCCUGCCACCUACACUGGAGCCAACAGGACCUGCCCCAUCACCGUCAGGUUCUGAAACCCACACAGAUCCUCCUACCCUCAAACCUGUGAGUGAGGGCAGGGCACACAGCAGACCGCACAAACGGAUUAAGUCUGACAGUGAAGUCCUGAACAAAAAAACACUACAAAAAGAUGGCCUUGGCGCACAGACACUCCAGCAUCUCCUCAGUGAUAGCGCUGUCAAUGGCCUCGCUCUCCCUACCUCAGACACAGCAACGCAGUCAGUCAGUGAAGUGGGCAGGCGGACCUCUGUCCUCUUCAGGAAGGCCAAGAACGGAGUCAAGUUACAGAAGGGAUCUGGUCAGCCUGUGGAGAAUGGAGAUAGCCAGCACCAAACAGAACAGUUGGCAUUGAACACUUCUCCGCCAGGGACUCUUUCGAAACUACAGAGUUUACGUCAAUCGAGGAAGAGGCCGCAGAGCCUAAGCUGUAGCUCAGAUAGUGAAAGUGAGAAGUCUCCAUGCACGCCUACAGAAUUAGGGCUUUCAAACGGCUUUGGCAAACACGCCCCAUUGUCAAACGUAGAGAGCUGUUCAGACUCCGAGUGCAGCUCCAGUCUCGGAAGCCAUGGGGCAUUCGACAAUAACAGUGGCUUGUCUCCCCCCAAACGUAGUCGAGGAAAGCCAGCUCUUGCUCGUCCACACUUGCUCGACAAUGGGGACGGAUUGUGUGGAGAUUAUAGUACUUCAGGACGAGGAGUUUGGACACCCUUUGAGAAUGAUGCUAUCUUGGAGCCAUUGGAAUUAGUGUGGGCCAAAUGUAGAGGGUACCCUUCCUAUCCAGCACUGAUCAUCGAUCCCCACAUGCCUCGGGAUGGCCUGUAUCACAAUGGGGUCCCUAUACCUGUACCUCCAAUGGAUGUAAUAAAACUAGGGGAACAGAUGCAGGCGGAAGCUGGAGAGAAGCUUUAUCUCGUUUUGUUUUUUGAUAACAAAAGAACCUGGCAGUGGCUUCCCCGCACAAAAUUACUUCCUCUCGGUAUCGAUGACACGGUGGACAAAUUGAAAAUGAUGGAAGGGCGUAAAUCGAGCAUCCGAAAAUCUGUUCAAAUUGCUUACGACCGUGCGAUGAUCCACCUGAGCAGAGUACGUGGAGAACACGGUUUUCUCACCUCAAACUACAUGUGACUGUUUUUUUUAAAAGAAACCAAAGUUGCGGAAGGAGAUUGUACAACGUGACAUCAGGCGUCAGACGAAGAUCCUUAAUUUCUCCUCAUUGUGUAAAAAAAACUAAAUUACUUUUCUUUUUUUGUUUUUCAUACUUUGGAGCAGAUCGCCGAAAAGCCUCUGUCACUGCCAAUUCUGAAAUGGCCUUUCUUUGACUCGUUCUUUUUACGUUUAUUCAUUUAAACCUAGAUCAUGCUUUAGAUCUCCCCAGUACAAAUCCUGUUCAUAGUGUUUAUAAUGCCUUUUGUGCGGAAGUCAAGGGGGAAAAAAAAAUACGUGUACAUAACUGUAUUAUAUUGUUAAACACUAAAUUAUUUAAGGCUGCAGAUCUCAAAAUCUUUAGCUUCUCUGUGAUGGUAAUGGGUUUUGUACGCACACACUGUAAUUUAUUUGAGAAACAAUACCAUUUGACGUUUGAAAGUACUUGUUAUGACAAAAUGCAGUGGACUUGUGAGCUGUGUAUACUGUGUAGUACAAGUUUAAAACAUUUUUAUUAUUACAUUUUAUGAUUUAGUUUUUAAUGUAUUCAGGCUGUUAUAUCAAUGAUGUUGACAUACCUAGGGACCUAACAAUUAGCUGUGUGUCCACUGUGAAACACAAGAUGUUCAUGUUGUAUUUAUUGUAGAAAGUAAGAUUAUUUGCUUUCUAGAACCGUUUAUAAGAAGCUGUAAUGGUCGAGAGAAGGAAUUAUGAGAAUUGACACUUGCAAACUGUACUUUUACCUCUGAUCUAUUACAGUCCAACUAUCUGAGGGUAUAUUUUCUCCUGAGAAUUAAAUGUGAUGAACUAGAA